CCUCUUGUCACUGCAACUACUCUGGCUGCGCCUGCUACAGCAACAGCUGGAGCUCAAAGGCUCAAGCGCACCUCCAAUAUUUGCUACCCUCAGCCUGCCGGUAUCGCCCGUCAAGUAGCCGUUGACACUGCCGAAGCUUUUCUUGCCGAUAACUACUACUCUCAACAAGCUACCUCUGCCAAAACUCCACUUGGGUUCAACGCUGUCUUCACUGACACCAAGGCCUCCCCAAAUGCACCUGGCUACCAAGGCUUCACCUUGAUGGAUACCUAUGAUGUGCAAACUUGUGCUGACAAGUGCAAUGCCAUCUCUGGAUGUACCUCUUUCAAUAUCUACUUCGAGCGUGAUCCGUCGGUAGACCCCAACGAUCCCUCAUGCUUGGACCCUCCUAGUGUCUCGAACAUCAAGUGCGUGUGGUGGAGCAGCAAGAUCUCUCCCGAAGUUAAUGUCAAUGAUGGCCAAUAUCGCGGCAACUUUCAUGUCGUUAUCGCUGGUAGCAACGGUUAU